UGUGUGUUAUCACUUGCCUUACUCCAAUGGCUUCAAUAAGCUUACUUCAAGUUUCCGUAGCCACCCUUUGCUUUCUCAUCCUCCAUUACUUUCUCUUCAAGAAACCUCAUGGCCGGUUCCGUAGGAACUGGCCGGUUCUCCGGAUGCUCCCCGCUCUGCUUAAGGCGCUCCACCGGAUCUAUGACUACAGCGUUAAGAUUCUCGAAACCUCUGACUUGACGUUUCCAUUCAAAGGACCGCGGUUCGCUGGAAUGGAUAUGUUGAUCACAGUUGAUCCAGCUAACAUUCAUCAUAUAAUGAGCUCAAGUUUCUCAAAUUACAUCAAAGGACCGGAGUUCCAAGAUGUUUUUGAUGUUUUAGGAGACAGUUUCAUCACCACGGACUCGGAGCUAUGGAAGAAUAUGAGGAAGUCUUAUCAAGCCAUUCUCCAUACUCAAGAGUUUCAAAGGUUUUCAAUGAGUACCAUGACAAGUAAACUCAAGGACGGGCUUGUUCCCCUUCUUAAUCAUUUUGCAGAAGAAGGAACAACUCUUGACCUGCAAGGCGUGUUCGGGAGGUUCACUUUCGAUACAAUCUGCAUCCUUGUAACUGGUUCUGAUCCUAGAUCUCUCUCCAUUAAAAUGCCUGAAGAUGAAUUUGCUAAAGCUCUCGACGAUGUUGGAGAAGCGAUUCUUUAUAGGCAUGUUAAACCAAGAUUCUUGUGGAAGCUGCAAAACUGGAUGAGAUUCGGACAAGAGAAGAAGCUGAUUGAAGCUAAUGCAACUUUUGACCGUGUGUGUGCCAAAUACAUAUCAGCCAAGAGAGAAGAGAUUAAAAGAUCACAAGGGGUUUCCAAUGGAGAAAGUGAGGAUCUUUUAACUUCCAUCAUAAAGAUAGAUACAACCAAGUACAAUCUCUUGAAUCCGAGUGACGAUAAAUUCCUUAGAGACAAUAUCUUAGCUUUCAUUCUAGCGGGAAGAGACACAACAGCCACCGCUCUCUCUUGGUUCUUCUGGCUUCUCUCUGAAAAUCCACAAGUGGUAGCCAAGAUUCGUCAAGAGAUCAUCAACACAGAUCUAUCAAGAACCGGAAAUGGCCAAGAGAAUUGGGAUAAGUUGGUGUAUUUACAUGGUGCGUUGUGUGAAGCAAUGAGACUAUACCCACCAGUUUCCUUCGGACGCAAGUCUCCAAUCAAAUCAGAUGUGCUUCCAAGUGGGCAUAAAGUCAAUGCGAACUCUAAAAUUAUCAUCUGUCUUUAUGCAUUGGGGAGGAUGCGAGCGGUUUGGGGAGAAGACGCAUCGCAAUUCAAGCCAGAGAGAUGGAUUACUGAGAACGGAGGCAUAAAACAUGAGCCUUCCUACAAGUUCUUAUCGUUUAAUGCCGGUCCAAGAACUUGUCUAGGUAAGCAUUUAGCUAUGACUCAAAUGAAGAUAGUGGCAGUGGAGAUAUUACGAAACUACGACAUUAAGAAGAGACUCUGCUUUCGGAACCGGGUUCCCAUCGUCGUCAAGGAACAAGCUUUAACAGAGGUUUUAGGGUUCUUGUCUCCAAAACCCACCUCACUCAUGGCUACCAAAGUUUCUGUCUCUCCCACAAGCCUCAUAGAUCAGAUUGUGGUUCCAGGGGAUGUUGUUUUUGAUUUGUCAAACAUGACUAACCAGACAAUCAAGCUCGGCAGUGGCCUUCGUCAGGAUAAUGAUGCUAUCUCUGCCAUGAGAGCUGGCAAAUUAAGUUAUUGCAAGCCUAAUAAGUAUUGGGUCGAAAGUUCUCAUAAACGGUACAUACCCCGCCCUGAGGAUCAUGUUCUUGGAAUUGUGGUAGAUUCUAAGACAGAUAAUUUUUGGGUGGACAUAAAAGGACCUCAAUUAGCGCUUUUGCCAGUUCUUGCAUUCGAAGGAGGAACUCGAAGAAAUAUUCCCAAGUUUGAGGCAAGCACUCUGCUUUAUCUUCGGGUUGUCAAGACAAACACAGGAAUGAAUCCGGAGCUGUCUUGUACCGACGCAAGUGGGAAAGCUGCAUUAUUUGGACCCUUAAGAGAUGGUUUCAUGUUUGAAACUUCAACUGGUCUAUCAAGAAUGCUGUUGAGUUCACCAACGUGCCCGGUCAUCGAGGCUCUUGGAAAGAAACUCUCAUUCGAGAUAGCUGUGGGCUUAAAUGGCAGAGUUUGGGUAAAUUCGGCUGCUCCACGUACAGUCAUUAUCGUGGCCAAUGCUAUGAUGAACUCGGAAUCUCUAAGUGGGACUCAGCAGAGAAUCAUGGUUGAGAAAUUGCUAGCGAAAAUUUCAGACUAAUACGUUUUUGUUCCUUAAGCGAUUUUGAUUUAUUCAAAUACAAUUUUAUACAGUAA